GAAAAUAUGGGCUGGACACAAUAUUCAGAGAUUUGAUUGUGUUAAAAUUAAAGAGGCAUUUGAUGGAAUUAAUAGGCCAUCACCAGAAUAUAGACACUUGAUUGAUUCACUUCCAUUGCUAAAAAAAUGGUUUGGAAAGAGGGCUGGAAACAUGAAGUUGGAUAGUCUAGCAGCAUAUUUUGAAUUUGAAGACCAAGUACAUAGGAGUUUGGAUGAUGUCAGAAUGAAUCUUGAAGUUGUCAAGCACUGUGGAAGUGUUUUAUUCUUGGAGUCUAUUUUUCCGGGCAUAUUUCCUCAAGCUUCAUGGAUUUCACCUAAUGAAGUUUCUAUACCUUCUAUUUACACGAUCCCAGCCUCUUUCUACGAUGGAAACAACCCUAAAAUACGUGUUAUGCACAAUGAUAGAGAUUUGAAGCUACAUUGUAUACGCCUCAAUGUUCGAUUUGGAAUCAAGAUAUUCAAUGAUGUUAACCCUCGACUCACUUUCGUGGUAGAUUCCUCUUUUCGUUUAUGUGAAGUUCUAGAUAAAUGUGAUGUUCAUGUGAAGAAGAGGUACGCGGAAUGUGGUGGUGAUUCAGAAUGGAAGCCUGUUGUUAACAGAGAUUAUCAGAACAUUUGUUUGCAGUAAGUUGUUUAAUUUCCAUAAUCUCCCUUCUAAUUUAAUUAUAUGUUCAGACCCUUCAAAAAUAUUGUUGAACUCAUGUUGGAGCUUUUGAGGGAUCCUACACAAGUAUAUGUCAGUAUUUUUGACGAAUCUGAGCAAAACAGUUUCCAGUAGUACAAGUGCUCAAAAAUAUAAAUUGGGACGCAAAUACUCAAAAUGAAGAAUUUUCCUUUCUAGAGGUCUAGCUUCAAAAUUUGACUUUAAGCUACUAAUUUUAUUGAGUCGCCCCUGAUGCUUUGGCACACUUUUUUAUAUGCCCUAGCGGAACAUUAUAUGUUUUAUUGAUCAUGUCACUAUUUGCUUAAUCUAUAGCUUGAAAGCUAGAACUUCAAUCUAUUCAUAUCAAAAUUUGGCUUUAAGCUACUAAUUUUAUUGAGUCGACCAUGAUACUCUAGGCAUCCAUUUGAAAUGCUCCUAGUGGAACAUUAUAGGCUUUUAUUGAUGACCAUAUUUAAGUACUUCUAUCUGCUUAAUGUGCAAUUUGAAAGCUAGAAAUUCAAUCGUAUCAAAGUUUGACUUUAGGCUACAAAUUUUAUUGAGUCGCCCAUUUCAGUACUUUCGAUUUGUUUAAUGUGCAGGUUGAAAGCUAGAGUACUGGAUGAUGACAUUGUUGAAUGGGAAACAAAAAUAGAGAUAGAUCAUAAUGGAAUUUACACCAACCAAAGAGUUGAAUAUAGUAAUUUUGACUC